AUGAAUAAAUACGAGGACUGUUAUUACUGCAGCGGAGAGGACUACAGAGGACAACAUAGCACCACUGAAGGAGGUUUCACCUGCCAGCGCUGGGACUCACAGAGACCUCACAGGCACAGACACGUUCCCGCGAGUUAUCCACAACAUGAUCUCACGGAGAACUACUGCAGAAACCCAAGAGGAGAUUCCCGACCGUGGUGCUACUCGACCCACCGGUCCAGAACAUGGGAAUAUUGCUCCGUACCUCGCUGCAAAGCAGAACCCACCCCCAUCGACCCUGAGGUGGACUGCAUCACUGACAGAGGUAAAAGGUACCGCGGCACCAUCUCUGUAACCUGGUCCGGUAAAACGUGCCAGAGGUGGUCGGCGCAGACGCCACAGUAUCAUGAAAACUACACUCCAGAAAAGAUGCCCUGUGGGGAUUUAAGAGAAAACUACUGCAGAAACCCUGAUAACGACACAAAGCCCUGGUGUUACACCACCGACCCAAAUACGUUCUGGGAGUACUGCAAUGUGCCGAUCUGUGAAGACUCAGAGCCUAACUGCACUGAGCAGGAUGUGUUAAACUUCUUGAACCUGACCAGCAACAACGAUCGGUUCACCAUGGGUCGUCCUGUGAAACAUCACAAGUUCUCCGUCAAAGUAUACCUCGAAAUGGAGAUCAUUGCUGUCCUAGAUGUGAGCUGCACCAUCACCUUCAAGUCCCAAUCCUAUGACGAUAAUGAGCUACAGAUUGCUGAUCGCAAAAAAACAAAUGAGACUGAAAAUCAGUUCCAGACCCAAGAUGAGUGGGUGUUGAAGAACUUCACGUGGAACAAAGGAACUGCUGAAAAUAUCACAAUGCAGAGGUGGUCCGCUCUCUACAUCGCCAACUUCCUGUUUCCCGUCCUCUUCUUCUUGAGUCUGGACUUGGCCUCCUUCCUGAUUUCAGACACUGGAGGACAGAAGCUCGGCUUCAAGAUCACUGUGCUGCUCGCCGUCACGGUGAUGCAGCUUCUUCUCAACGAAAUUCUGCCCGGCUCAUCCGACAAGAUCCCUCUCAUAGCCAUCUUCUGCAUUGGGAUUUUCACACUGAUGCUGCUCAGCGUGCUGGAGACCAUUCUGGUGAUGAAUCUGAUCGACAGAGACGCCUCAUCACAAGAGGAGACGGAACAAAAUAUGAAGAAGAAACGAGUUUCUGCAGAGGACUGUUUGCCCUGCGAUGAUGUCUACAGAGGACGUCGCAACACUACUAGAAAUGGUUACACCUGUCAGCGCUGGGAUUCCCAGGAACCUCACAGUCAUAAUUACACUCCUUCUGCCUAUCCACAUCAUCAUCUUGAGGAGAACUAUUGUAGAAACCCAGACGGAAGACGCCUACCAUGGUGUUACACGACCAACUCGUCUGAAGUGUUGGAUUAUUGCCUCAUACCCUCCUGCAAAUCAAACUCUCCCACCGUCAGAUAUGAUGACCACUGCACGACCGGCCGAGGUGAAGGCUACCGCGGCACCAUUUCUGUGACCUGGUCAGGUAAAACAUGCAGGAUGUGGUCGGCCAUGGGUGGCUUCAAAGAUGCUUACCCCUGCAAAGGUUUAGAUGAAAACUACUGCAGAAACCCUGAUAACGACACAAAGCCCUGGUGUUUCACCACUGAUUCGAGUUGGGCGUACUGCACUGUGCCCAACUGUGAGGACGAUUUCGAACCUAACUGCACUGAACAAGAUUUGUUAAACUCCCUGAACCUGAACAACAAAGAUCUGCUCAUCAUGGGCCGUCCUGUGAGCCAUCACAAAAAGCCCGUUAAAGUGCAUCUGAAAAUGGAGAUCUACGCUGUCCUGGAUGUGAGUGAGAUUGAGCAAACUGUGUAUCUACACAUCUGGACCCAAACGGGUUGGAAUAAUCACCAUAUUAAAUGGAAUGAAAGUGAAUUUUGUAACCUUUCCAGAGUAAAUGUUCCAGCUCAGUCUUUGUGGAAACCAGACAUCAUCAUUGCAGAGCAAAUAGAGAGGAGUAAAAACUCUCCAAGUCCUUACGUUACAAUUCUGUCCCACGGUGCGGUCAGCUGGCUGAACGAGGAGGUGGUCGUCGCCAACUGUAAGAUGCGUGUUUACAGAUUCCCCUUUGACAUCCAGAGCUGCGACAUCACCUUCAAGUCCCAAUCCUACGACGAUGAUCAGUUAAUGAUCGCUGAUGUCAAAGACCGCAAUAAGAAUGAGUCUGAAUGGACUGAAAGGUCAGUUCUGAAUGAAAGCUCGGUUCAGACACAACAUGAGUGGAUAUUUAAGAAAAUGACGGUCCGCAAAGGAACUACUGAACAUUCGAGGAAACAAACACUUGUUUUCACUAUCACAAUGCAGAGGUGGUCCGCUCUCUACAUCGCCAACUUCCUGAUGCCCCUCCUCUUCUUCUUGAGUCUGGACUUGGCCUCCUUCCUGAUUUCAGACACCGGAGGAGAGAAGCUCGGCUUCAAGAUCACUGUGCUGCUCGCCGUCACGGUGAUGCAGCUUCUUCUCAACGAAAUUCUGCCCGGAUCAUCCGACAAGAUCCCUCUCAUCGCCAUCUUCUGCGUUGGGAUUUUCACACUGAUGCUGCUCAGCGUGCUGGAGACCAUUCUGGUGAUGAAUCUGAUCGACAGAGACGCUUCAUCACAAGAGAAGGAGACGGAACAAAGCAUGAAGAAGAAACGAGGAACCAAACUGUGCUGCUUCAGUUCAUCCAACUAUGAUGAUUCAGCUGAAGGAACACCGUUUGUGUUCAGUAAGCUCUUCAGAGACCAACAAACCGACGAGUCCAUCAAUCUGAAAAUGGUCUUAGAAGAGCUGAAAGAAGUUCUCCUCAACCACAGGAAGGACGAGGAGAAGGAAGGCUACUGGACCAAAACGGCUAAAAGGAUCGACAAGAUUUUCACGAUGCUUUAUUUUCCAGCCGUCGUUCUGUUUUUACUCACCAUGUUUUCAUUGUGGUCCGGUAAUGAUUAACUUUUACCUCUGACUCGCAUCACAACUAAAGCCUCAACUUUUAGUGCAAACAGCUGUCAGACCUUUUUAUUUAUUUCAAAACUUUCUACUUUAAUGUUUAUGCAGUUGUCCUGGUGAAGAAUCUACUUUGUGGAGUUAGAAAGUUGAUUUCUUUGACUUGGAGCUCAGAUAUUUCAACUUCUCAGUAUAAAUGGAUGCAGCGAGAAAAAUUAUUUAAUAAUACUUGAGGUUAUGUUUUAAACUUACUUGUUACACUUCAUGGAUAUUAACCUCGUCUGCUUUGCUGAUAAACUGAUAAAAAACAUGAUGUAAUACUUGUGUUUUGAACAGUUUGUAUUGAAACGAUUGUGUUGUGAGAUUCCUACAAAUUCCCUUGUUUCCUCAGAUAUUAAGACAGACUCUACAGCCCAAAGAUAAAUGUGGACCAA